AUGGUUUCCUUCCGCACAACGCUGCUGGCUCUGGCCGCCGCCGUUGCCGUCUCGGCCGACUACUGGGUCGACCCCAAUUCCGUCCCGUCCUCUGACAGACAUGCCUGGUGCGACGACGAGCUGAGCAGCUGCCCUGCCAUCUGCCUCCAGACCUCCACCGGACCCCCGCAGGUCAACACGUGCGAUCCCGACACGCUGACCUACGGCUGCGUCUGCAGCGACGGCAAGCAGCCCAACUUGACCGAGUACACGCUGACACUUCCGUACUACGUGUGCGUGGAGUGGGGCAAUCAAUGCGUCAAGGCGUGCGGGAGCGACAACCAGUGUGCAUCGAACUGCCGGGAGGACCAUCCGUGCGGCGCGCAAAACCCGCCACGCGUCAACGCGACGACCACCUCGACCACGGCGACCACCGCGUCGGCCACGGCAAGCAACCAGGUCUUCACCGGGCUGGCGGACGGCUCGGGCAGCAACACGGCCGGCGGCAAUAACGCGGCGGGGACUCUGCGGCUCAGCGACUCGUUCGGCCUCGCUGUCGUGGCG